AUGCCGAUGCAGCCGCAGCAGAACGGCGGCUACCCGAUGGGGGGCUACCAGGGCGGCUGCUACCAGGCGCCCCUGCAGGGCGGCGAGUUCCAUGGCGGCGGGUUCCAGGGCGGCGGCGGCGGCGGCUUCUACCAGCCGCAGCAGCCUUUCCAGCCGCAAAAGGCAGGCCGCUUCCGCCGCCCCCGUGGAGGUGCCUGCGCCGCGCGCGCGGCGGGUGCCGAGAUGCCCAUGCAGGGCGGCGACCGCAGGGGCGGCGGCGGGUACCAGGGGGGCUACUCGCAGCAGGGUGGCGGCCACCAGCAGCCCUGGCAGCCGCAGCAGCAGGACACCGACUUCAUGAGGGAGUUCGAGAAGGCUGCCGGCAAUUGGGGCAACGAGAUGCCCCAGCUGACCGGCAAGGAGAUCGGCGGGAGUGAGACCGACCUCACGGAGGCAAAGGUCUGGGGCGGUGGCGAGAUUGCGCCUCCGUACACGACGUUCAACAGCUGCAACUUCCCCAGGCAGAUCAUGGCGAGCAUCCACGCCCUGGGAUUCGCAUCUCCGACGCCGAUCCAGGCGUACUGCUGGCCGGUGUCGCAGACGGGCCGCGAUAUGGUCGGCAUCGCGAAGACUGGGAGCGGAAAGACGCUGGCCUUCCUGCUGCCGCCCUUCGCCAAGUUCAUCGGCACCCGCCCGGACCCCCAAGGACCGCAGAUGCUCGUCAUGGCGCCGACGCGAGAGCUCGCGUGCCAGAUCCAGGCCGAGGCCGAGAAGUUUGGGCGCCGCAUUGGCAUCCUGUCCGUCUGCGUCUAUGGUGGGGCGCCGCGCGGGCCGCAGCUCCGCGACAUGCGGGCGGGGCGCCACCUGAUCGUGGGCACGCCAGGC